CAAUAUUUAUAUGUUGGUACCUGCUUAAAUCUUGAUUUAACGAAACAUUCCACGUGUAGUUGGGCCUUCCCUCUUUUUUGUUGGUUUUGUUGACAUCUUUGUUAAAGUUUUACCAUUGUUUAAAGUUUACCAUUGAACGCUUUCCUUAUAUUCAGCUCAAUCCUUUUUUUCUUGUCCACAGUCCAAAGACUUUGACUAUCAUUUUUUUUUCAUAUUUUGCCAAUUGAUUUCUGCUUCUUUUAUUAAGCGUUGAAACUUUUAUACCCUAUAAUAUAGCCGGUGCAAUUACAGUAUUAUAGGUAUGUAUAUCAGUUAACCUAUUUACCAAGAAGGUUUAAAUUGUUUGCAAACAUUAACUGCAAUUUUUGAUACUUUAACUACGUUAACACAUCUUUGUUUCACUGUCACAAGGCUAUUCAAAGAUUCCGUUAGGAUUAUUCUCAAACAUUUGAGCGUUCCCCCUGCCUAGAGAACUAAGUUUCACGUCAUUCAUAAAAUAAGCACUUUUUCUUGGAGUCAAGCCAUUUCGUUGACCCAAAAUGAUAAGCCAAUUGAUUAAAAUGUGUUUCGGCUUUUGCGCGCAAAAUAUUGACCCUGCUAAAAAAAGUUAGUCGCAAACUUGAAUUCACCUACUCGCCACCGCCCUUUUUCCAUAAAAGCCCUAAAGAUCACGUUUCCUCUCUAUGGUGCCGUCAUAAAUAGUCACUCUGUAAGUUUUACACUUCACCGCACAUCAGUUAGACGGAGCCCGACAUCAGCUUAUGAUAGCGCUGGAAACCGUUGCUGGCUGGCUGCCAUCGGAGGCGAAUGAGACGAGAAGUUAGAAAUGUAACCUUGAUAAUGAUGCUUGAACGAUCGCCACACGACCCUCACGGUUUCAUAGGAAUUUGAAACCCACGUUGGGCAUCAGUUUAUCAUCAGCCCUUGCACGUGUGCGGAGUGUUAUCUAGUGUUGAAUGGUUUUAUUGUUAAGUUCAUUAAUUUAACUUUAAUUUUUAGAACAUCGUGCAAAAGCUUGUUAUUUGAAAUGAUCGAGUUCAUAGUCGGAGUUUAUCGAUUGGUGAUCGGGACAAUAAAAUACUUUCUGCAUAAUCGUUUCAUCAAAAUAUUUACUCGUUCGCCGAGACCGACCGUGGAAGUGCGACAAGGAAAACUACGAGGCAUAUCAACGAGCCUUCCAAAUGGAUCCACAUAUCACUAUUUCAAAGGGAUCCCCUAUGCCAAGCCUCCAGUUGGUGACCUCAGAUUCAAACCACCUGUGCCGUUGGAGAAAUUUGACACGGCUCUCGUUGAUUGUGCGGUCGAUAGAAGCGAGUUCAUUCAACAAAACAUGUACAUCCCAUUCAUUAUAAAGGGAUCGGAAAAGCAACUUCAUCUGAAUGUGUACACACCGCAGCUUCCAGAGCUUCUCGGUUGGAAUCCCAAUCUACCGGUGAUGGUCUUCAUUCAUGGCGGUGGUUACGUCCAUGGGUCUGCAUGGACUUUUUUGCACGACCCGAAACAUCUUGUGCAGGAAGGGGUCGUCGUAGUUGUAAUCAGUUAUCGACUUGGUCCAUUAGGAUUCCUGAGUUUUCCCAGUAUGGGAAUUGCUGGCAACGCUGGAUUGAAAGAUCAGGUUAUGGCAUUCAGAUGGGUGAAGGAAAACAUUAAUCAAUUUGGAGGCAAUCCAGAAAAUGUAACUGUUUUUGGUGAGAGUGCAGGAAGUUGGUCAACAUACUUGCAUUAUCUUUCUCCAAAUUCCAGAAAAUAUUUCAAAAGAGCUAUCUGUCAGAGUGGAGUGGUGUGUACGGAUUCCUUCUUUCAAGUUGACCCGGAGAAGAAAGCAAGAAAGUUGGCUAAAUUGCUGGGAUACAAGGGAUGCUCAGACGACGGAGUUUACGAAACUCUAAUGAAAGCACCAGCACACCUAAUCGUCAAAUAUCAGCAUGAUGUGGCCGAUGAUGAUGAGAAAAAGCUUCCGAUGAAUUUCCUGUUCCGGCCGGUAAUUGAGCAGAUAGAAUCAGAAGACAGCAUAAUCACUGCCAGUCCUCAACAAAUCCUCAAGCAAACCGACACAAUAGAUAUGCCAUUGAUCACCGGAUGUACCAACGGAGAGGGAAUAUUGGCUUAUUUCUACAUGAGACGGAAAAAUCAAAUUGAUGCAUUUGUUACGGAACCGGAAAGACUAGUGCCAUGCUAUCUACGGGAAAACUCCUCACUAAACCUGGAAGAUGUUGGCAUACAGAUCAAACGGUUCUUUUUCGGAUCCAAGAAAAUUAGAAAAAGCAACAAUCAACACAUGCGUGAUCUUUUGUCGGACAAUACAUUCGUCACGACGACCAUGAUCAACGCAGAAUUGUUGGCGAAAUAUCAACCCAAAGUGCAACAUUUCCACUAUCGAUUCACCUUUCACGGGCGGUUCAGCCUGUUUAAGCGGCUUCAAAGAACUGGACAAUUUCAGGGAGCAUGCCAUGGCGAUGAUCAGUUCUACAUUUUUGAUUCACCGAUGUUGCCAAACCUACCGUCUGAUAGUGAUGAAGUCAAAGUUCGGAACCACUUUGUGCGGUUGUGGACAAAUUUCGCAAAGUACGGGCAUCCAACGCCAACGGAGCGUGACCAGCCGGCAUGGCCAGUAGCGGUGAGGCAGCCGUGCGCGGAUUCGAAAGACUUCAAUUUAACCUAUCUCGACAUCAACACCGAGGUACGCGUUGAGCAAAACCCAGACAAGCAGCGGCAUGACUUUUGGAGGAAUAUGAUAGCAUUGUACAAGUCGGACUUACUGUCGUAGAGAUAUAUUACUUAUAAGUUAAGGAUAACAUUGUAAAUUUUGUCGAAAUAAAUAUUCUUGUUAGUAACCUACGA